AUGUCUUUCCGUGGAGGUUCGCGCGGACGCGGCGGUAGUGGAUUUGGAGGCCGUGGCGGUGGCCGCGGUGGCUUCCAACAACGAGAUAUGGGCCCUCCUGCUCAGAUCCUUGAAAUGGGCAAGUUCAUGCACGCUUGCGAGGGCGAGAUGGUCUGCGAGUCCAUCAACCCCAAGGUCCCUCACUUCAACGCCCAGAUCUUCCUCGAGAACAAGACUGCCGUCGGAAAGGUCGACGAGGUCCUCGGCCCCAUCAACCAGGUGUUCUUCACCAUCAAACCCACAGAGGGUAUCCAGGCCACCUCUUUCAAGGAGGGCGACAAGUUCUACAUCGGCUCAGAGAAGCUUCUGCCCCUCGACAAGUUCCUCCCCAAGCCUAAGCCCCCGCCUGGAGCUCCCAAGCUCAAGCGCGCCGGUGGCGGUCGCGGUGGUGCCCGCGGUGGACGUGGCGGCUUCGGUGCCCGAGGCGGUGGCCGUGGUGGUUUCGGCGGCGGCGGCCGUGGAGGUCCUCGAGGUGGUGCUCGUGGUGGUUUCGGUGGCCGCGGAGGUGGCCGUGGCGGCAGCGGUGGUUUCUCACGAGGUGGAAGCGGCUUCGGUGGUGGUCGCGGACGCGGUGGCUUCAGCCGCGGUGGCCGAUAA